CACAGGUUAACUGUGCGCUGCGUGAAGAAGAACUUCCUUUUAUUUGUUUUAAACCUGCUGCCCAUUAAACUUCCCAGGAAACACUCUAAGCCUGUUGCUUCUCACUCCUGGCCCUAAUUCUGCUUUCCCUGAGCAAGACACUGCUACCCCUUAAUCCCCAUGUCACUGGUUCUCCCCCAGGAUCCAGUCUCCAAAUUCCAAUGCCCGUCUUCCUUUCCCUGGCCAGAAAAAUCAAACCCCACUGACCCAACUCUACAACGUAUCCUCUAAACAAGGGAUCAGCUCAGCAGGCGAGCAGAAGAGGCAAGCAGGGGAGUGUUGCAGGGUGUAGCUGUGGAUCUGGUGCAUGGAGCCGCACAGGGAUGUUGGAACCAUGAUGAAGCCUCUGCUGAUCCCCUUGACAUACUUCUGUCUUCAAAACUGGCUGGGAAUCCCUCAGGCAAAAUGCCAGGUGGAGCUGAGCAUGAUGGAUGACGCUUUUGAUGACCAAUAUAUAGGAUGUGAUGAAGAAAUGGAUGGAAUUGCACCUGAACUGCUAGAGAAAGAAAAGUCCAUGUCCUCAGUGUUUAGCAGAGUGUGGGAAAACUCAGGAAAAAAAUGGGAACUUGUAAAGAAAAAGAUUUCUCUGCCCAGAGGCUUUAAAGAUGAGCAUGGAAGAGCCAUAAUAGCCUAUACUGAUAAUGACUUUCACAGUGAGUUGAAUGCAGCAGUGAGAGAGGCUGGGACAUCUCGAGCUCAUUACAUGGCCAGUUUCCAGUUCAAAGCCUUUCAUUAUUACUUGACAAGAGCUUCACAGCUCUUACAAUGGAGAUGUGAUGUGAUGUACAAAAGGAUGGUGUACCGGGGGGUUUCUGUCAGUUUUCAGCACAUGGGAUCAGGUCACAUCAGGUUUGGAUACUUUGCCUCUUCAUCUUUUGAUAUAGGAGUAGCUAAGAGAUUUGGCACAGCCACAUUGUUCAUCAUCCACACAUGCUUUGGUGUUGAGAUCAGGGCCUUCUCAUGCAUUAAGGAGGAGGAAGAAGUUUUAAUCCCAGUCCAUGAGAUAUUCAACAUGGCCCGAGGACAAAGGAGUAACCGCUUUGUCCUCCGGAGCACAAACCAGACCUGCAGCCAUUUUAACUGCGCGUACCUGGGUGGAGAGAAGAACCAAAUAUGUAUUGACAACUCCGGUAAGAAAGAAACAUUUUGUUUUCAUUGUUUUGACAAUAACUUGCCCUCUGUAUUGAAAUGCAGAGCAGAGAGCAACCCCACCAGGCAAACAUGUCAUAUGCAGGGAAACAACUUGAGAAAAAAGUGGGAUGAACUGCAUGUUCUGUCUAUUUAUCCAUGUUCUCGUAGCAAGCUCAUGACUAGUAUCUGAGAACCUUCACGUCUGACUCAGUUCCAGGCACAGUUGAUUUCAGAAAAGAAAAUUUAAGGAGAAUAACCCCUUAGAGCACUAAAGGUUCAUCUUCGGUGUUCUGAACUAUGAGCCGAACACACAUCCCCUAACCCAGCAUCACAAGUGUGUCUCCAUCUCCCUCCUCUCAUAACUAGACCCAUUCUAUCCGCAGUGGACAACAUCCUCUUAAAGGACUAAACAGGACUAUUUUACCAGAGCAGAUUGGAAAAAUCUCAACAAAACAUUUUCUUCUUGAAAUUUGACAAUUUGUCAAACUCUAAACCUUUUGCAGUGAUGGUUUGAUUUUGACACUGUUCUGUCAGAACGCUGCCUGGGUUCUGCCCAGCUCACUCACCUGGCUCCUUGGCAGCUUGACUGGUGGGCUGCCUAGGAGUCAUAGACCCAGAACUUCCAGUGCCCCUGACGCUGGGACAGCCUGCUUGAUGGACCGCCCCAGAACCGACACUCUGUUCCGUUAUGUGGAAAAUUUCAAUAUUUGUUUUUUUUUUUUUUCCAAGUCAGAACAAAACCGAAUUUUGAAAUAUCAAAAUCCUCCACAAAAUAGAAUGGGCCUUCUCUGCCCUGAUCUACAUUUCCCCUAAAGCCAAUAACCCCCCACCCAAAAAAAAACACAACCAAAAAACAAAACAGAAAUAGUGUUACUGGUGUCAGUGUUCCACAGACUCAUGUCUUUAUUAUUCAUAACUGGUCUGGAAAACACUUAUGUGGCAUCAACAAGUGUCCAAAUCAGAGUCUCUGGGACUGGCUUGGUGAAACGUGCUCACUAAUGAUUGAUACCAAAGAAACAAGCAGGCUGAGGAGGGAGGAAGCAGGUGAAAUCUCACCAGUGAGAUGAAUGUCCCAGACUGGAGUGUCCUGCUGAGGGGAAAUGGAUUAAUGAGUCUCUGCAAUAAGCAGGUUCCAGUAGCUGUUGGGAAGGAAACCAGUAUCCAGCUUUAAGGAUCUCUCCGUGUGAAAUAAUUUCCUAUGAAUUGUUUGAUCUGCAUCUUCCUAUUAACAGCCACCAGAGGCGGCCUGGCCUUCCCCGGUGUUCUGAGCCAUUUACUGUUUGGAGGAUCCAUCAUCCUGGUCCAUGUUGCUGCUAUGAAGCUGUUUG